CGGCAAUUUCCAUAUCGUCGAUGGAUUUUUCUGGAUAGGUUGCAAGUCAUCCUUACGCCCAGCGUUCCCCGUACCAGCCAAGCUGUACUGAACACCGCGCGACAUCGCAUCUCGGGUCCCUCUGCACCGUGCGAUCAUUCAAAAAGCAUCCAUUCGUCUACUUCAACAAUCACCUCUAUACCGCCCUUUGCCCAGAGGCUACUAAUACAGCAAACAUGGCCUACCGCCUCAUCACCCAAGUCGUCUUCGUCGGCACCCGCAUCGUCGGCCGCUCCUUCGCCGCAGCCUACAAGCAAGCGCAGGCCUCCUCCGAGUACGCCCGCGCGCAAGCCAAGAACGGCAACGCACCUGCCGGCACAAAGGGCGGCGCCGGCUCCGGCGGCUCAGGCAUGACCCUCGACGAGGCAUGCAAGAUUCUCAACGUCGAGGCUCCCGGCAAGAACGGCGCGGACGCCAACGUAGGAGAGGCCAUGGAGCGCUUCAAGAAGCUGUUUGACGUCAACGAUCCUAAAAAGGGCGGCAGCUUCUACCUGCAGAGCAAAGUGCUCCGGGCGAGGGAGAGGUUGGAGAAGGAGAUUGGGCCGCUGGUGGAAAAGGAGGAGAUUGAGGCUGAGGUGAAGGAGGGGUUUAAGCCCAAGAUUUACAAGGACCGGUGA